CUGCGGGCGCAGACACCCACGGGGCUCCUCUGCCCUGGCCCUGUGCCUGCGCUGCUCCCUGCCCGCCUCCCCCUCCCGCUUCAUCGCCUCCCCCGGGCCCUUCUCGAGGGCCCUGGGAGCACUUCCAAGGCCUUUUCAUUAGCGCUGCCUGUGGUUGUGGCUCGGGAAGGGACCCGGCGGAGGAAAGCAGUGGCUCUCCAGCUGGGGAGGCUCCCACACCGGGACGCGGGGCAGGGCGGACUUACACGAGCCAGGACUCGGUGCCCCGCGGCUGCCGGGGAAUCCUCGGGGGGCUCCAGCACCACAGGCAGGGACGGGUGGGAGCAGGGACGCGGCUGCUGCCCACAGCCCCACACGGGACUCUGGUCCCUGCGAGGCGUCUCCCCGCUGCAUCUCGCAGCCCUGAUUGGUUUAAAGUCUGCGCGUUAUCAUCCACCCCAGCCCGGGGCUCAUAAAAUGCCACAGGGAGCCGGUGCUGCUGCCACUGCCCCUGCCUGGCCGGCCCCAUGGGUUCCGCGUCCUUCUUGAAGAGGGCCCAGGCCCUGCUCCACGUCCGCAACCGGCUCCUGCGGGAGUGCCUGGCCGAGCUGCUGGCCGUCUUCGUGCUCAUCCUGAUCACGCUGAGCGGCUCGGCGCAGAUGGUCACCAGCUCCGGGACCAAGGGGAACAUCCUCACCUCCUACCUGGCGGGUGCCCUGGCUGUCAUGGUGGCCGUCUACACAGCGGGGGGAGUCUCUGGGGCUCACCUGAACCCAGCUUUCUCCCUCUGCAUGUGCCUGCUGGGGCAGCUCCCGCUGUGGAAAUUUCCCAUUUUCGUGGCCGUGCAGACCUUGGGAUCUUUCAUCGCCGCCGGAGCCGUCUACGCCCUGUACUAUGGUAUGCAGAAGCCCAUGUGCACCCCGGCACUCUGGGGACAGGGUGUGCACGGGGCGGGCGUGCUGCCGGGGUCCUGGCUCCGCAUGUGCCCUGCACCGGCACGCGUGCACUGGCUCUGCCCCGCAGAUGCCAUCCAGUUCUACAGCAACGGGACCCUCGCUGCCUCCGGCCCCCUGGAGACCGCCUCCAUCUUCGCCACGUACCCUGCCAAGUACCUCUCUCUCUCCAAUGGCUUCCUGGACCAGGUGAUGGGCACGGCGCUGCUGAUCGUGGGCAUCCUGGCCAUCACCGACACCCGCAACAAGGGCGUCCCCAAGGGCCUGGAGCCGGUGGCCGUGGCCCUGCUGGUUUUCUCCAUCGAGGUCUCCAUGGGCUCCAACUGCGGCUGCCCCAUGAACCCUGCGCGGGAUUUCGGGCCCCGGCUCUUCACCUACGUGGCGGGCUGGGGCGCGGAGGUCUUCAGCAGGGACAACGCCUGGUGGUGGGUGCCGGUGGUGGCCCCGCUGCUGGGGGCGGCCGUGGGCACGGCGCUCUACCAGCUCCUCGUGGCCUUCCACCACCCGGCGGAGGACGGCGGCGGCGGCGGCGCCCGGGGGGCCAAGCGGGACAGCAGCAGCACCGCCAUCCCCCUGGGAGCCGGGCCCUGGGACAAGUGACAGCGGGCAGCGGCGCGGCCCCAAUAAAGGAGCCCCGAUGCGGGCACCGUGUGUCUGUGCUGGGGGGCACCGGGCGGAGG